UUAGUUCUAAAGGGGCAGCGCUCCGAGUUGGUUUCAUCUGUCACACCAUUUACCAUUCAUAUAUUUCAUAUAUUUUUUGACAAAAAAAAUAUAUAUACACCCACUAGUUUUGGUAAAAAUCACAGUAAUUAUUGUUGCAAUAAGUGGAUUAAAAAAAAAUAUAGCCUACCGAUCACUUUCAUACCUGAACACAUUGUAUUUUUUUCUCUUUUAAGUUAAAUGUCAUCGAUUAAAGCAUCGUGGAUUUAAUAACUAGUGACUGUUGUUUAUUGUGAGACUACGUGCGGGAUAUUGCACGAUAUAAUAAUAAUAAUGCCACUGAUCCUCAUGAUAGUGAUUGAUAAAUUAAGAGGAUUUAUUUAUUUUUGGUUUUGUAGUGAUAACUGUGAGCAGCAACUUUGUGUUAUUUAAAUCUUAUCAGUCAUAGUGAGUGCUUAGGUAACAAGAGUAUUAUCAACAGCAACAACAACAACAACAACAACAAUAACAAUAGUGAUUAUAUUUGAUCUUGGUGGAUGUUAAUCGUGGUGGUGGUGGUAGUCGUUGUUGUUGACGUUGAAACUAGCGUAGGGAAAUACACGUUGAGAGAUAGAUCAAGUGUGCAACGGGGAUUGUGUUGCUCGUCUCGUAGUGCUAUUAUCCGCGUCCGGAUCGCUGAGUCAGUCGGAUAUCGGAGUUGCCCAGACCCCUGAGAUGGUCGUAGCCGUACAAGUAGUGGUAGUUGUUCGAGUAGUUGAGUAAUGCUUCCAGCACGAGGGUCGACUUACCCUCGAUCGUUUAAAGAGAAAAAUAUAUAGAAAUAUAUCCCGGGCCAUUUUUUUUCCUUAUACUUUUACUCUCUCACUCGUUAAAUUAUUUUUUGUUAUCAAUAAAAUUCUUCAUAUAUAUAUAUAAAUAUAUAGUUUUUGUGAAUUUACAAUUGGGGUGUAUGACCGAACGGCAAUAGAAAUAACACGAGAGUGAGAAUUAAAAAAAUGAUAAUACGAGGGUAUCUAAGUUACUCGUGAGACGUGGAGACGAGCUGAUUGUUUAUUGAAACCACCAACAUACACGAUAUGUCGUCUGUAAAUAAUGGAUUGGGGAGUGCAUCCGCGAUGGAUAUAGCGACAAACAUUGCAGCUCCAAAAGGAGUCUGCCGAUUACAAAGAAUACAAAGAUGGACGAGGAGAUCGUGGUUAGUUAUGACAGUAUGCUGUUGGAUGACGAUCGCAAGAUGUGCUGUUGCGACAAACUCGUCAGCAGGUCCAUCGACGUUAAGGCCGGCAACGACCGAGAUAGUUUAUCAGAGAUUUGCAAUUGAGCCGCAGGAUCAGACAGCUGUUAUCGGCAGUCGGGUUACACUUCCAUGUCGAGUACUUGAUCAAAAAGGUCCCAUUCAGUGGACCAAAGAUGACUUUGGCCUUGGUGCUGUAAGAAAUCUCACUGGAUACGAACGUUACGCUAUGAUUGGUAGUGAUGAAGAAGGUGAUUUUUCACUACACAUAUUCCCGGUGGAAUUGGAGGACGAUGGAAAAUAUCAGUGUCAAGUGUCACCUACAGAUGACGGUCAGCCAGGUCUCAGAUCAAGGUUUGCUCGAUUGAGUGUUCUUGUACCACCACAAAAGCCGAAAAUCCUUCAGGGUGACUUUCUAGUUACUACCGAGGAUCGAGAGCUUACCAUGGAAUGCAUUAGUGUCGGUGGAAAGCCAGCAGCGGAUAUUACUUGGAUCGAUGGUCUUGGCAAUGUAUUACAUAAUGGAAUUGAAACAAUCACUGAGAAAUAUGAAGAUGGGCCACUUUUUACAGUAAGGUCUAUUUUAAAAGUAAUGCCACGUAAAGAACACGAUAAUACAACGUUCACUUGUCAAAGUCAAAAUGCUGCGGAUCGUACACCGCUAAAUGCUAAAUUACGUGUUGAGGUACGUUAUGCUCCAAAAGUAUCGUUGAAAAUCAGUUCAGGUUUGUCCAAGAGCGGGCAAAUAAUCGAAGGUUCCGAAUUAAGAUUCAAAUGCCGUGCUGAAGCUAAUCCACCAGACAUGGAGUAUAGGUGGUAUAUAAACGAGAAAACGGUAAUCGGUGACUAUACGACAGAGAUGAUAAUCCAUAAUGCCACACGGGAACUCCACGAUGCUAUCGUAAAAUGUGAAGUUCACAACGAGGUCGGCAAGAGCGAGGAAACGGAAACACUGGAUAUAACUUAUGGACCACAAUUUCGACGUCCACCAAUAUCUGUUGAAACGCAUUACGGUGCAACAGAGAUACUGCAAUGCGACGUGGACGGUAAUCCGACUCCCGAAAUUCUAUGGAUUCAUGAAGAAUCAGAUCGUACUGUAGCGACAAGUCCAAACAUAAGCGUUGUCGUGAGUCCUGAAACAGCUGGACGUUAUUACUGUAAAGCCCAUGUACCUGGUUUUCCUCAACUUAUCGGCUAUGCCAACAUCUUGAUUCGCGCACCACCGAGCAUCGUAUCACAAAGAAUCCAAUAUGUACCCGACGAAGGAGUAGUAAAGGUUAAAUGCACCGCAAUAUCAGUGCCAAAAGCUGAGUCUGUUGUAUGGAGUUUUGCUGGUCGUGAGCUUAAUUUCUCGUUCAACAAUACACCCUUCUACGUACAAGAAGAGUACACACCAGAAAGAGUUGUCAGCACUGUUACACUUUUAGAGCCCAUAUCUACAUAUUUCGGGGAUUACAAUUGUACUGUUACAAAUAGCUAUGGCACAGAUACUGUCAUCAUUAAACUCACUACGCGUGCGUUGAUUCCAGUUGAUUGGCAACUUAUCCUGAUAAUCGUUGGACUGGUCGUCUGCAUUAUCCUCAUUGGCGUCAUCGUUAUUUUGAUACUACACUGUCGAGAUCGUAUAAAACAACCACGCCCGAGAUCUACUCAAGCUCAAGAGAAUGAUUUGCAAGAAACAGACUCAAAUCCAGAUCGUUACCGUGAAAGUGAUCGAAGCAGUAAUCUGUCGGACGUUAAAGCAGAUAUACGUGCUGGAUCUAGCGUGAGCAACGCCGAGAGCGUGACUGCUCUCGACAGUGAAGGUGAAGGAAGUACUAGGGGUGUAAAUGCUUUAGCUCUUGCUGGCCCAGUACCCAACCCAAUGGGUUAUCGAUACAGCGCCGACUACACGGAACCCUCGUUUCCACCUAAGAACAACGAUGGUAGUAACAAUAAUGGUUACGUACCGUAUGUGGAUUAUUCACGAGACUAUAUGCCGCCCAAUACCCAAGGAAUGGGUGCGUCACGUGAAUCCCUCAGUCGUAUACCCUCAAGUGGUAUAUUAACGUCGAAGAAAAUAGGUCUGAGUUCAGCCAACUUGGGCACUAAUACGACACAGGCAACCCCAAUAAUUGAUCCACGAUUCUCAGCUACAUACGGGAAUCCUUAUCUGAGAAUGUCAGCGGCCGAGCAGCUCAGACACGCUCCCCAUACCGCAAUACCAGGGGUCACACCGGCUCCGCCACCUUACACUCAAGCUAUGCGGAUGAAUAGUUUGAAUACGCUGAAUGGUGCCGGGCCACAGGCACCAUUAUCAGCGCAUUAUAUAACGGGUGGUCCCAAUGGUGGAAUAGCCACAGUAAAACGUACAUCAGGAAUUGGUACGCUGGCAACGCACGUAUGAGAUAAGGACUUUAACUAGAAACUAGUGCGGUUUAGUGACGAUAAUUAUAUUACAACAAUAACUAAUGAGUGUAUUGCGUUUGAUCUUAAUCCCAGUACAAGUGAAUAUUAAUAUAUAAUAUGACUAUUGUGUUGACUUGUUCUUUGACGCGAUUGCCGUCGUGAUCGUCAGAGUUAAGUGCUAUAAAGAGUAGACAAUGGUUUUGAUCUUAUUCAACAACAAGUGAAUAAAUCUGUGCCUUCAUCACCAUCAUCAUCACAUAUAUACAUGAGUAUUUAUAUGGAAUUAACACUCAAUAUCAGCACAGACGUAAAUCCCGGCACAUACGCACUAAUACAUUUAAUUAAAUGCCGUGUGUUGUACAGCAUUUAAGUGUCUACGUUAAUUACGACAAAAUAUCUCUGACUUAUUACACACAUAUAUAUAUAUAUUUGUCAAAGAAAUAGUUGGCAUACUCGACUUGGGAUAUAUACAUAUAUAUGACCAGUGAAAAUCAUCGUAAGCUCAUCCAACAACGAUUUCCCGAUACAUUAAUCGUCUAAUUAAUCAUCAAGGAAUUCAUUAAGUUUAUUUAAUUAACGAUGAUAUGCAAAUGUCAAUCGAUAAUAUCUAUAUGUAUAUUAUUGUAACUAGUGAAUGUCAUUAAACUGUAAAUUUUCCGGGCAAUCGAACUGUCAUAUAUUAACAACGUUUAAGCUCUACAUUAAAAGGGGUAUUUACUUAAUAACUUUGAUACUACAAACAAACACUCAAGACUUUGUAAUUAAUGGAGAUAUUUACUAACGAUUACGCGAUUAUUAUUAUUAUCAUUCACUAUCAUCAUACAAGAUUAUUGAUAAAUUUUAGAUGAUGAUAAUAAUAAUAAUAAUAAUAAUAAUAAUAACAGAAAUUAUAAUUAAUUUCUUGCACUAAAUAAAACAGGAGCUUCUGAAUGAUGUGAGUUAAUUAAAAAAAAAUUAUUAAAUCAAACGCAAUUAAAAUGUGCAAUAGAAUAUUCUCUUUAGAUAUAUAUAUUAUAUAUCUAUAUAUAUGUAUAAUUAGACACGAUAUUGACAAUCUUUGACUUAUUGUCAUGAAUUUCCAAUAAGCAUUUCAUCAGUAACUUUAUUUAAUUUUUUUUUUUAUUAACUCGAAAUAUACGUCAAUUAUUGCCCAAAUAAUCUGAUAUAAUUUUUGUCUAGAUUUAUAAAUAAAAAUUUGGAAAAUCCAAAAGUGCACGCCUCGAACGCUCAUGUUAUGUUUUUUUUUAAAAGUUAAAUUUCGAAUAAAAUUGAACAUCCCGCUCUUUUCCCAUAGAAAUUUCCAUGGUAAAUAUACGGUAAUAAAAGUAAAAAAAAAAAUAAAUAAGGAGAACAUUCCUAAUGAAAAAUGGCGGCAGUGUGUGUUUGUUUACAUGUAAGAUUGCCGGUUUUAACCGUAAUGAUUUAUUUUUAAAAAAACGAGAAGGCCUACAGUAGUGAUUUUUGAAAGGAACCUUCUUUGCUUAUUUCUGAAAAUUUUGAAAAAAAAAUUAAGUAGUUUCGUCAAGUCGUUCUCGAGAUAUCCGUACCACGCCGUUUUUUUGAACCACAGACUAAUGGACGUCCACGAUAAAUUUUUUUUAAUGAACUUUUUUUUAUAUUAAUACAUAUUAGACAAAUUAAAAAAAGUAUCAGGAUUAUUUAUUAGUGUUUCAGCUUUAUAUUGAUGUUUUUUUCAUAAUGUGUAAGAGUAAUAGAAAAAAAAUAUAUGCACUUUAAUGAGUGGAAAUCGUGUGACCUUGACAGGUCGGUUAUAAAGCACAACCUCUCCGCUUCGCUUCCGAGGCGUGCAAUAAUUUCUUUUAUUAAUUAGAUAGAUUUAUUAUCAGAAUUUGGGCAGAAUUUAUUUAUUAAUCUCACGGCAGUUUCCAUUGGCCUGAUAGAUAAAAAAAUGUUUUUUUUUUUAACUUACCAGGCUUUUGCGUUAGUGGGAAUAAUGCAGAAUAAAUAAAUAAAAAAAAGUUAUUAUUAUUUUUUUGAAAUAGCCGUGUUGUCUAUAAAAAAUAUGUAGUUAAGUAAUUUAAAUAAUUAAAUACCUGUUGUCAAUAUAAGUAUAGAGCCUAUAGUUUGAUGGCACUAAAAUAAUUUAUAUUAAAAUAAGCAUGUUCGUGUCGAACGGCUUUGUGUAAAUAAAUGUAUGUAUACACAUAUAUAAAUAUAUAAAUAUAUAUUAGAUAAUAAUUUAAUAAAUAAUAUAGAGAAAAUAAAAAAUUUUAAAUUGCCUAUUAAAUUUGGCAUAAUUAUAUUAUAUUGAAAGCCAGCCACUCUAUUAGAUAUAUUUAUAUGAUAUAUAUAUAUAUAUUUUUUUUUUAAUAAUAAUGAAAGCUACUCGUUAUCGAUGCGCGAUUAAGUAUUCUUUUUUAAACUGUAUUACGUAGCCUCAUGCUAUAAAAUAAUAAUAAUAAUAAUAAUAAUAAUAAUAAUAAUAAUAAUAAUAAUAAUAAUAAUAAUAAUAAUAAUUUAUGCAGCUCAAUGAAGAUUUAAUUUGCGGUGAAAAUUUAAAAAUAAAUAAAUCAAUUGCUAUUAAAAAUUAAGCAAGUCGUCAUUGAGUAAAAAAAAAAAAAUCAGCGUCAAAGUGUCAAUAUUUAUAGAUAUAUAAAUUGUUCAACAAUAAGAGCAAUAUCGCUGAUGUAUGCAUUAUAAAACAGGGUCGUCAAUCAAUUAAUAAAAAAAAAAAUGGAAAAAAAUUGAGAGGCUGCGUAUGACAGUACAAUUGAAUACAAAGGUAAAUAUAGCGAGAAUAAAAUUAAUUGAAUAUUGAACAAGAAUUAAUAAUGCGUUGGGUAUAUGGACUAAAAACGAGUCUCUUUUGAUAAAAAAUUAAUGUGUCUCUGUAAAAUAUUAUAUAAUUAUGUAUGUAUAUAACUGAAAUUAUUGCUCAUCACCGUAUUUCAUAAGUUUAGUUAGAAUUGUGACUGUGAAUCACGGUAACGAAAUCUCAAUCUUUUUUUAACGAGAUUUUCCUGAAAAUUAAAUUUUUUUAAAAAUUUAAUAUUUAUGUAAAUUUAUCGGUGCAUAAGAUGCACUUAAAUAAAAAAUCGUUAAAUGAAAUAUCAAUUGGAAUAAAUAAAUUACAUAUUGUCUUUAAAUUUCGGCUUCCGAUGUGUCUUUCAAUCGAGGCUCUUUAAAUAAAAAUAGAUCAGUAAUUUAAAAGCUAAACUUAAACUACGUGUCAAUAACUGUAAAAGAAAAAUAAUAUAAUUGCGGCAUUAAAAAUAACUAAAAGUCUUGGCUUUAUUAUACGUUGAAUUUAUCGAUUAUGUGUAAUGUUUAUAUAUAUUGAUAACGUUAACUGUUAACUAUUUAAUAUUUUUGUGCAAUUUAAUUGCGCGUUAUUUGCGAAAGUAGGUAUAUAUUUAUGAUCAUAAUAAUAUUAAUUAUUAUUAUUACAGAUAUAUACAGAUAGAUUAUCUGCAAUAAAUUAUAAAAAAUGAAAAAAUAAAUAUUUUGCUUAUUAAAAUUCAAAAAAUCUAGAUACUAUAAUAAAUAUUUAAUAAAUUUUUUUAAAAAUUACACCGGCACACAAAAAAAAAUAAGUUCUCUGUACUUUUGACGGGACCGAUUUAUUCCCAUUUAUUUUGACCCGCUGAAUCCGAAUCCGAGGUCCGUUUAACCCGUACACCCUCAGAUUUUUAGAAAACUUUAAAAAACCUCAAAAAUACACAAAAAUCGACCGUUUUUUAAAUUGAUAAAUUUUUUUAACCCUAACUAAGCAUGAUUUUUAUGUAUUUCGGUCCUCCACAUACUAACCUGAAGUUUAUUUAAAACAUUAGCCAUUUAAAGUCUGAGUAAAUUCCAAAAAACCCCAAAAAAUUGCAAAAAAGCAAAAAAAUUCUUAGUAUUGUGAUGAAAAAAAUUUUAUAGGGCUAAAUAAAUAAUUAUUUUCAUGUAUGUUUAUCUGUCACAUAUAAUUCUCGAACAUCCAUGGCUCAGACAUCUCUAAAAUUUUAAAUAAAUGGCAAAAAUUCCCAAAAAAUCGAAAAAAAUAAAAUUUGGUAUAACAAUAAUCAAUUUUUAAAUCGAAAUAAAUAAAAGAAAUCAUAUUGUUCGAUCUGUGAUAUAUAUAUAAAAAAUAUUUUGGCUUAAACCAUAAAAAAAUUUUAAGUAUGCUUCAAAAAAUUUUUUUCAUCACAACACUAAGAAUUUUUUUGCUUUUUUGCAAUUUUAUGGGGUUUUUUGGAAUUUACUCAGACUUUAAAUGGCUAAUGUUUUAAAUAAACUUCAGGUUAGUAUGUGGAGGACCGAAAUACAUAAAAAUCAUGCUUAGUUAGGGUUAAAAAAAUUUAUAAAUUUAAAAAACGGUCGAUUUUUGUGCAUUUUUGAGGUUUUUUAAAGUUUUCUAAAAAUCUGAGGGUGUACGGGUUAAACGGACCUCGGAUUCGGAUUCAGCGGGUCAAAAUACAUGGGAAUAAAUCAGUCCCGUCAAAAGUACAGAGAACUUAUUUUUUUUUGUGUGCCGGUGUUAUUAAUAAUCUAUUGAAAGACGCACCGACAAACGGAAAAAUAAAUUUUUCUAUUAUUACGAGUACGUAGAAUUAUAAAUGUAUACUAUAAAAAUAAAAGUAAAUAAUUGCAAUUACUGUGACAAACUGGCCUGUGGUAAAAUGUUAAAAUUAGAAAAUUUUAUAUUGUUUUAUUACUCGACAAUUUACGCCUUCUUCACCGCAGGUCAUUAAAUAUUGAUUAAUUGAUUAGUUGUCAAUUAUUAAUUAAAUUAUAUAAAAUUAAUUUACAUUUAUAAUAAAAGUGAUGUCUGAUGCUCAUAAUCGAUUAAACGUCGAUUGUAGAAAAAAUAUAAAAUUUAAAUUUUCAAAAAUUAAAAUUUGAAAUUUAACAAAAUAUAUAUGAAAUGCUACGAAUAUUAUUCGUCCUCCGAAUGAACGCUUCAAUUGAGAUAACUUUUAUUUAUAUUGAAAGCGUAAUUAUUCGAUAGUAAAAGUAAUUAAAUAAUUCUAAUAUUCCGAUUAUAUUAUAAAAUUAGUAAAACUAUUGAGAAUUCAAUUUUAGGCAAUACUAUAUAUAGAGAUUAAAUACAAAUAUAUAUGUAUUAUAUUUGAAUAAUAUUCAUUAUAUUUAAACGCAAAGUUUUCCAAUACGUUGAUACUUUCCAUACUUUAAUAAUUAUACAUAUAUAUAUAACAUAUAAAUUAAAACUGUAUUAGGUUAUUAAACAAAAAGUGUAAUAAUUAUUUGAUAAAGAAAAUUUGUAAUUAUUACAGUGAGAUUGAGCCAGAGCGUUAAAUAUAAAUAAUUCAUUAUUAUUUCAUUAAACAAAAUUUCUAAUGAUUCUACUCAAAAUACUAUCCGGAAAUUUUUCCAAAAAUAUCGUUCUUUGCAUUUAUAAAUCAUCAGAAAGUAUGUGAAUUUUUAGUAAAAGUUAAAUAAAUGAACAAAAAAAAAUACGAAUACUUUUGCGUACUUAUGUGGCAUAAAAAAAAUAUCAACUAUUUUAAAUUUGACUGAAAAAUAUAGUAAAUAAUAUAUAUAAAUACUGUAUAUUUUUCUCAAUGUUAAGCUUUCACGUAUACAGUAGGGUGGGUUGAAAAAAAAACUUUUUUUUUGUUUUUCUUAGCAUGGGGGUAGAAUUUGUACCUUAUAAAAAAAAAAAAUUUUUUUUACUCAACAUUUUGAGGUGGCCCACUCGUUUUUAAAAUAAAUAAUUGAUUAAACGGAGUAGUUCCAACGAAAAAAAUUGUUUUUUACCAAAAUCGUGGAAAACAUCUAAUAAUUGUCGAAUGUAAUUUUUUUCUACUUCACUUUCAUUUUAAUCCAAAAGAAAAUGAUUUUCAUUUUUGAAUUUUUUACUUAAAUUACAAAAAUAAUAGGAAAAAAAUUUUUUCAACUCCUGACUUUCAAUUAGCUUUCAAGGGGACACCCUACAGAUUCUAGAACACCAUGUUUUUUUUUUCGUUGGAACUACCCCGUUUGAUCAAUUAUUUAUUUUAAAAACGAGUGGACCUCAAAAUGUUGAGUAAAAAAAUUUUUUUUUUUAUAAGGUACAAAUUUUACUCCCAUGCUAAGAAAAACAAAAAAAAAGUUUUUUUUCAACCCACCCUCGUAUACAGUAUAAUUAUUUCUCUACAGUGAAAAAAAAAAUAAUGUAUUAUAUAAAUAUAAUGUCAUUUUAUUUAUAAACUGUUAUUUAUAUUAAUAUCUUCGUAAAAUAAUAAUAUUAUUUUAAAAAAAAAUAAGUAAUGCAGAAAAUUUAAAAAUGUAGAGAUAAGAAAAAAUUUUGAGAAUCAAAAGAAACUUAAAUCACUGGAUUAAAUGUAAAUUGGUCAUUAAACGAAAAUUAAUUAACGUAUGAAAUUACUAUAGUAUUUUAAAAUAAAAUGGCCCGAGUACAAAAUGUAAAACAUAAUUUAUGACGAAAAAAAAAAAUAUAAAAAUACAAUUAGUUUACAGUAUAAAGCUUAGCACAACAAUUUAGUUGUAAAUUUAAUAUAAUUUGAAUAUUAACUAAACUGUACAACGUUAAAUAUUGCGCAUUCUUAAACUAUUUUAAAAUUAACGCGAACACAUUUGAAAUUGUUUUUGUUUAAGUAUUUAUCAAGUUUUUCUUUUCUUCCUUUCUCUGCUUUUACGAUGUUUUGAAACUAUUCGAGUUAUUGCGUUCCAGUCGAGUUUCAUCUACAAUGCAAAUAUAUACACAUAUAUACACGUACUAUAACUGACAAUAGAAAGGGCCAUUUAAUACUUUGGCGCUGUUCCAUGCAGUCAAGUUAAUUAGCUUUCAAAUUCCCUAAAUAAAUAAAUACAUAUAUAUAUAUAUACUGUCAAUUAGUGAAAUGACCAAAAUAAGACUGUUAAUUAUAUUAUUUUUACACAGGUUCAAAUCUUGCUCUUUAAAUCCAGCACUAUCGUUUUUUUUACCUCAAUAAAAGUUCACUCACUUUUAAAUUUAUCAAAAAAGUCAAAAACUUUAAAGAUUUAUUUAUUCUUUUUUUUUACUCAAUACUCUUGUAAUUAUUCAAAAUUAGUAAUAUCAGUGUAAAAAGAGAGAGAGUUAAUUGAUUUUAUAUUAAAAACUUAAAUUAAUCUAUGAGUAAUGUACAGUGCGCGAAAAUUUAUCAGAAAAUAUAAAUUAAAAUGUAUGAAAGAAGAUAAGUGAAUUCAAAGCAAUUUUGUAACAUUAACUGUUGAAAAUAUUGAGAGAGCAUUGAUUACAAUAUUGUAUAAUAAUAAUAAUGAAUAAGCUAAAGGUAGCGCCCCUCCGACUAUGCCUUGUAAAUAUGCUGACUUUACCAAUCAGUAAUAAAUAAAAAAAAAAAAAAUAAUAAUAAUAA